UCUGGAAUGGAAUAAAGCAACAGAUGUAUUCUCCACCUUUAGCAGAACCGCGUCCGUGCGUAUAAUAGGGAGCAUCCACCCGCACUGCCUCCCCCGUGUUCUUCCCCCAUCCCAACUGACGCCUCCUCCGCACGAAACACCGGCGCCGCACUCAUCGGAGAGGAGGAAGCUCCUGCCCCGGCUCGAUCCGAUGGCCAACAGCAACCUCCCGCGACGAAUCAUCAAGGAGACGCAGAGACUCCUCAGCGAGCCAGCUCCGGGGAUUAGCGCUUCGCCCUCGGAGGAGAACAUGCGGUAUUUCAACGUCAUGAUCCUUGGGCCGGCGCAGUCGCCCUACGAAGGGGGAGUUUUUAAGCUGGAACUAUUUUUACCCGAGGAAUAUCCGAUGGCUGCCCCAAAGGUUAGGUUUCUGACCAAAAUAUAUCAUCCCAACAUUGACAAGCUUGGUAGGAUAUGCCUUGACAUUCUCAAGGAUAAAUGGAGUCCGGCUCUUCAGAUUCGAACAGUUCUUUUGAGUAUCCAGGCACUCUUAAGUGCACCAAAUCCAGAUGACCCUCUCUCUGAAAACAUUGCCAAGCACUGGAAAUCCAAUGAGGCAGAAGCUGUUGAAACAGCGAAGGAGUGGACCCGUCUGUACGCCAGUGGUGCAUGACAACCCCAUGCUGCUCUUGAUGUAAUAACCCAUCAUACUUUAGCCAGCAAUCUAGUGCCAUUUGGUUGGUAAAGAACAAACUGGAGAUGUUUGGGCUGGAAGGAAGUAUCUAAAUGACUAGUGCUCGAGCUAUUGGGUUGGUUGUACACCUGUGUUGGUUGGUUCCCUUUACCCUGGGGCACCUUCUGGCUGAUCUGUAUCUGAUAGAACUUUCUAUGCUCCAGUACAUUGCCCUUGUGUAGGAGAACUUAACAAGUGUCCACAUUGUUGAAAUUGAAGCUGGCUUGUUAAUUUGUUCU